AUGGAGAUUGCAGUGCAGGGCAAGGGCGCCAGCAAGGAGAUCGGAGGCGUACAGUACGUCUUGCAGUGCGCGGAGAAGAACAUCACGAAGACGGGCGCGGUGCUCUCGUCGACGGCAGCGGACGUGGACAUCGGCCUGCAGAAGAUGCUCGACCAGAAGUACAAACUGAUGAUGAACAUGAGUCGGUUCGCGGUCCUCGAGAGCGGCACUGACCAGGAGAAGUUCGCGAAGCAGGAGGACAUGAGCUACCUGAAGGACCAUAUGGACAGCAUCGGAGCGUCCAUCGAGGGCCUCUUGAAGGUCAAGGGGCUGGUGACGGACUACACGAAGGGCAUGCAGAGCGUGGGCACAAGUGGGAGCUGGAGCGGGCAGCCGUCCCCACCGCUCCCGUGGAGGGAUGCCAAUGAUGAGAAGACGUGGAUACCGUACGCAUGGACGCCGAAGCGGCCAGAGCUGUGGAUCGACUAUGACGUCGAGAAUAAGACGAACCCAGCGGACCACGACGUCCAGCAAACGGAGGUGGCCCUCUCCCCCACGGAGAAGCAGAAAAUUACGGAGCACAAGGGGAACUUGACACAGAAGAAGACGAACCCGAACGGUUGGUGA